AUGAUUGUCUUCCAAGUGGUCCUUCCCUCUGCCGUUGAGAACUUGGCCCGGCGUAGUUGCUUGAGGAAGGCUGCUUGGAAAGCCAGCAUGCGGGGCAAGGUGGCCGCCUCCAGUUCAUGUUCCUGUGAGGUUCCCGAUGUGGUGGGCUUCCUGACUCCACUGCCCCACGACCUGAACGUGUCUUGUGUGCUUAGCCAGCUCUGGAUCUGCGUCACAGAGCUCAGAGAGAGAGAGAGAGAGAGGGAGAGCGAGCAAGCGAGCGAGCGAGUGAGCUCCGUGGAUAGGUCUGCUAGCAACAGCCGUGCUGCAGCAGAGAGAGAGAGAAAUCAAGAACCAAGUCAUAGCAACCCCGGCACCGGCUCUGCGAGCUCACCGCCGAGCCCUGAGGUCCGCCGGCCGGCUGGAGGCCUGGGCAGAGGCGAUGGCACGCAGGGUGGCACGGACCAUUCCCGUGGGGGGGCAGGGGUGGGAGUAGGAGGUUGCGGGGCGACAGCAGAAGGUUUUGGGGGACCGGAUUCUGGAACAUUCGGGACUGCGGCACCUCGAGGCCGGACAGAGGUCUGGGUUUGCGCAGGCGCCGAUGGGUGGUCCGUGGGCUUCCGGACUGUGGCGCAGCCCGCUUCUUCCUCGCUGCUCCCCGGGGACCAGAGAUUGGCAUUGACGUCUGGCUGUCCCGAGUUCCUCCAGAGUCAGCCCUGGGCUGAGCCCUCACCUACCUUUCGGAAGCUGUCCGUGCUGCCUGGCGUGUGGAAAGAGAAGGCUGUGAGCACAGGGGGACCUCGGGGCAACACGGGGCUCGCUGAGGACGGUGCUGGGUGCGAGACCCGCUGCUGCAGGACGGAGGUUCCUGGCAGUUCUCUAGAACAAAGCGAAAAGCAGAGCAGAGUGGAGACGCCUGGCAGCCCUGCUCUCACCAGGGGACUGGAGAGGCGUCGGGAGCACCCGGAUUUCAGUGUUCAGCCUCCGUACUGCCCUCACAUUCAGGUUUCCCUAAAGCCCAAGCCAGCAUCCCCAUCUGGUUCCACUGCUAAUGGCCCACAUAGACGGACCCUGCCUGCCCGCACUGCCCCCAGGGAGGGGAGGCCUGUGGCUGGCGGGCUGCAGGAGGGUUAGCCCUGCCAGCACCUAGCAUGCUUCUCUGCCAAGUUCUAGCUCCCGAUCUCCAGGCUGGUAGGAACCUGGACUAUAUAUAGCAGCGCUAAGCAGCUCUUAUCAGCGUGUCCGCCCUCCCCUGGGGAGAGGAGCCAUCCCCAAGGGCCUUUUACUCCAGGAAGGUGUGUGUGUCUGUGCCUGCCUUGAGGCCGCCAUGCUGACCCUCUCUUCCCCCUUCAGAUGCUGACAGACUACCGCUGGUGCGGGAUAGGCUGGUGUGGGUUAGAGCCUGGGCUGGGAGUGCCCUGGGGACUUCGGGGCUUGGAGAGAGAGCGAGCCAGGGAGCACAGGGUGAAGCCAGCAUGGCUGCAUCGGGAGCCAGCCCCGUCUUCUCCGCUUCCUUCCUGUUUGCCUUGCUUUGCCCAAGGAAGUCUUGGCCUCUGUCUUCCUUCUGGUGCCUCUUGCCUUCCCACCUCCCUCCAGCCCUUCGUCCUCCUCCUCUGGGUUUUCUCCAGGACACGUAGAGCAGACUGAGCUGCUGGCCCUGGUCAGCUGUCCCGGAGGUGGUCGGUGGGCUGCAUCCUUUCCUCUGCCCCUUGCAGGUGCCGUGUGAUACCGCCAGGCCCCCAGCAGUCACCACGGGGCUGGGGUUGGCACAUGCGAUUGUGUGGUGUGGCCGCCCGGCCUCCUUCCCUCCUGUACGGUAGAGGAGUCCAUGGCCUCAGGGCAGUCUCCCCCUUCCCCAUUUUCCUGCUCCGGCCGUUCUGUGAAGGGGGUUGGUGGUCAGCUGACCGCGGGCUCUGGGCACAGGGCUUGGGUACCUCAGUGCAGUCAAACACCUUGGGCAUCGUGUCCCUGUGUGUCCGGGCGCUGGGUUUCGCCAUCCUAGUGUGGAGGGAGACUGAGGCAGAGGGUUGCAAAUUCAAGUCCCACCGGGACAACUUGGCAAGACCCCAUC